AUGUCUUCAAAGCCACAGCAGGCGAGCUCAAGCUCCGACCUAGACGAACGCAAGAGAAAGAGGAAGCAGUCUAACCGCGAAUCUGCCCGAAGGUCCCGAAUGAAAAAGCAACAACGCUUGGAUGAGCUUGUUGCUCAGGUGAGCCAAUUGCAGGAGGAGAAUAAAAAGGUGAUGCAGAUGAUUGAUGGGGCCACACAGCUUUACAUCAAUUUUGCAUCCGAUAAUAAUGUGAUGAGAGCCCAAGUGUCUGAGUUGACCGAUCGACUCCACUCGUUGAAUUCCGUGAUUCAGAUUGCUUCGGAGGUGAGCGGAUUGGCAUUUGAAGUUCCUGAUAUUCCUGAUAUCCUGCUCGAGCCGUGGCAGAUGCCUUGCCCGGUUCAACCUAUCCCAGCAAAUGUUGAUAUUUUCGAGUUCUGA